AUGUCGAUGAUUCCGAGCUUCUUUGGUAACAACAGACGUGGAAGCAACAGCUUCUUCGAUCCUUUCUCUCUUGACGUUUGGGAUCCGUUCAAGGACUUUCCAUCAUCUUCCUCCUUCUCUCGGGAGAACUCUGCGAUUGUGAACGCACGUGUGGACUGGAGGGAGACACCUGAGGCGCACGUGUUUAAGGCCGACUUGCCUGGACUUAAGAAGGAGGAAGUGAAAGUGGAGAUAGAGGAUGAUAGCGUGUUGAAGAUAAGUGGUCAGAGACACGUGGAGAAAGAGGAUAAGAACGACACGUGGCACCGUGUGGAGAGGUCGAGCGGGCAGUUCACGAGGAAGUUUAGGCUUCCUGAGAAUGUGAAGAUGGAUCAGGUUAAGGCUGCGAUGGAGAAUGGUGUUCUGACUGUGACGGUGCCAAAGGCGGAGACGAAGAAGGCUGAUGUCAAGUCUAUUCAAAUCUCCGGCUAA